AUGCUGGAGAACUACGGGAAUGUGACCUUUCUGACAGGGGAUGAUCAGAGGAAUGGGGAGUCUGAGGAACUUUAUCAGCAGAUUCCGGAGAGCGUUAAAAACGACUUGAAAGAAAAAGUCAGGAAUCAAGGCAGCCCUACCAGAACGAAAGGGAGUCGUAUAGUUGAGAAGAGAGAUGGAAGACUGAGUAAGGAAUAUUUGCCAAAGGACAGGAUAAUGAAUGCGAAUAAAUUGGUUCCGUGUGGAAAGUACAUCAGAAAUAGAUCACACCUCGUCAUGCACCAAAAAAAGCAUAGAAAUGAGGAACCAUUUGGAUGCUUGGUGUGUGGAAAGAAAUUCAGUUGGAACGGCAAUCUUAGGGAGCAUCUAAAAAUCCACACCGGGGAGAAACCUUUUGAAUGCAUGGAGUGCGGAAAGAGAUUCAGUCAGAGUGGGAAGCUUCAACUCCAUCAAAGAAACCACACAGGGGAGAAACCUUUUGAAUGUUCUGAGUGUGGAAAGAGCUUCAGUCAGAGUUGGAGUCUUCAAAUGCAUCAGAGAACCCACACAGGGGAGAAACCAUUUGAAUGUUCAGAGUGUGGAAAGAGAUUCACUCAGAGUUGGAGUCUUCAAAUGCAUCAGAGAACCCACACAGGGGAGAAACCAUUUGAAUGUUCAGAGUGUGGAAAGAGAUUCAGUCAGAGUGGCAGUCUUCAAAUGCAUCAGAGAACCCACACAGGGGAGAAACCUUUUGAAUGUUCAGAGUGCGGAAAGAGAUUCAGUCAGAGUGUCAGUCUUCAAAUGCAUCAGAGAACCCAUACAGGGGAGAAACCAUUUGAAUGUUCAGAGUGUGGAAAGAGAUUCAGUCAGAUUGGCGGUCUUCAACAGCAUCGAAGAAAUCACACAGGGGAGAGACCUUUUGAAUGCUCAGAGUGUGGGAAAAGAUUCAGUCGGAAAGUCACCCUUCAAUAUCAUCAGAGAACCCACACAGGGGAGAAACCAUUUGAAUGUUCAGAGUGUGGAAAGAGAUUCCGUCGAAGUGACAAUCUUAAACUACAUCAGAGCAACCACACAGGGGAAAAAGGUUUUGAAUGCAUGGAGUGUGGAAAGAGAUUCAGUCAGAGUGGCAAUCUUCUACAACAUCAGAGAACACAUGCUGGGGAGAAACCUUUUGAGUGCUCAGAGUGUGGAAAGAGAUUCAGUCAAAGUGGCCAUCUCCAGCAUCAUCAGAGAAACCACACUGGGGAGAAACCUUUUGAAUGCUUAGAGUGUGGAAAGAGAUUCAGUCGGAAUGACAGUCUUCAAGAGCAUCAGAGAACCCACACAGGGGAGAAACCUUUUGUGUGCUCAGAGUGUGGAAAGCGAUUCAGUCAGCGUAAGACACUUAAACGCCAUCGAAGAACCCACACAGGGGAGAAACCAUUUGAAUGUUCAGAGUGUGGAAAGAGAUUCAUUCAUAGAGGCACUCUUCAACAUCAUCAGAGAACCCACACAGGGGAGAAGCCUUUUGAAUGCUCAGAGUGUGGGAAGAGAUUCAGUAUGAGUGGCCAUCUUCAGAAUCAUCAGAGAACCCACACAGGGGAGAAACUUUUUGAAUGCUCAGAGUGUGGAAAGAGAUUCAGUAGGAGUGGCCAUCUUCAAUAUCAUCAGAGAACCCACAUGGGGGAGAAACCAUUUGAAUGCUCAGAGUGUGGAAAGAGAUUUACUCCGAGU